AUGGCAGCCCGGUCAACAUCCCGUCGUUUCUUGCGAUAUGCAGCCACAGCUUCAGCAGUCACUGUCACGGGAACAGUAGGCCUCUACAUGCUUCGCAGUCGUCGACCUCUCGACACUGACUACUCGAAAGCGCCAUCCUUCCUUGCCAGUCCACCGCAAUUCCCGAAAAUCACCUCCCGCCUCGAACAGAUCGCAGCACUCAAAGAAAGUGCCAGCGCAAACCCUGACGAUGUCUACGAUUUGCUAAUCAUCGGAGGCGGUGCGACAGGAACAGGUAUUGCGCUUGACGCAAGGACGCGCGGACUCAAAGUCGCCCUGGUCGAGCGCGACGAUUUCAGUAGUGGCACGAGCAGCAAAAGCACUAAAUUGGUCCACGGUGGUGUGCGAUACCUCGAAAAGGCCGUCAAGGAGCUAGAUUACGAGCAGUACAAGUUGGUGUGCACAGCGUUGAAGGAGCGUCGGUAUUUCCUUGACAUUGCUCCUCACCUGUCGAAUGCAUUACCGCUGCUGCUCCCGAUCAAGCAUUGGUGGGAGGCACCGUAUCUAUGGAUUGGUACGCAGCUAUACGACCUGCUGGCCGGGUCUGAAGGGCUGCAGUCCUCGUACUUUAUGCCACGGGCGAAGGCUCUGCAGGAGUUUCCAACGCUGGAUGGGAAUAAGAUGGUUGGUGGACUGGUGUAUUAUGACGGCCAGCACAAUGACUCGCGCAUGAACGUGUCAUUAGCCAUGACAGCCGCGCUGUACGGCGCAACAGUGGUGAAUCACAUGGAAGUGACGGGCUUGGAGAAGGAUGCAGCCGGAAAACUGUGUGGUGCAAGGGUCAAGGACUGCCUUUCGGACGACAAGGAAUUCGUGGUCAAAGCACGUGGUGUGAUUAACGCAACUGGUCCAUUUGCGGAUGCCAUCCUACAGAAGGACCAACCCUCGAUGAAGGAAAUUGUCAUGCCAAGCAGCGGUGUACAUAUCGUCUUGCCCGAGUGGGUUGGCCCGAAGCACCUCGGCCUCAUAGACCCGUCGUCUGAUGGUCGUGUCAUCUUUUUGCUACCAUGGCAGGGAAAAAUGGUGGCGGGAACGACGGACCAGGCUUGUAAAGUUGAACAAGAACCUAUUCCAGAGGAGGAAGAAGUGAAUUGGAUUCUGCACGAGGUCAACCGCCUCAUGGCGGAGAACGUACACCUUAAACGUUCUGACGUGUUGUCGACAUGGUCCGGAAUCCGCCCUCUGGUUCGCGACCCCGACGCCAAAAACACCGAGUCACUAACCCGCAGUCACUUAAUCACUGUUUCCGAAUCGGGUCUCUUAACAUGCGUCGGUGGCAAAUGGACUACAUACCGCGAGAUGGCCGAAGACGCCGUCGACACUGCUAUCAAGGAAUUCAAGCUGAAACCACAAGCACUUCAAUCGCGUCCUAACAUCACUGGCACAAGCACAACUGCUGCUGAGCAAACAUCACUAAAUGGCUCCUGCCAGACACAGCAACUACGCCUUGUUGGAGCUCAUGGAUAUUCUCCGAAACUCCGUGACGAGCUUGUGCAGCGCUUCGAGCUCGCAGACGAUAUCGCUGAUCACCUUGCACACAACUACGGCGACCGCGCCUGGGAAGUUGCUACGCUCUCAUCCCCGUCAUCGAAAUCCGAACAGCGCAUUGCGGGCGCUGCGUUCCCCUUUGUGGACGGCGAGGUGCGCUACGCAAUCCGAAAUGAGUACGCAAUGACCGCAGCGGACAUCGUCGGCCGACGUAUGCGUCUUGCCUUCUUGGACUCUCAGGCGGCAUUGAAGUCCCUUCCCGCGAUCAUUUCAAUCUUGGGUGAAGAGCUGAAGUGGAAUGAGGCAAAGAAGCGCCAGGAGUUUGCUAAUGGUGUCAAGUUCCUGCGAUCCAUGGGGCUGAGAGAUGAAAUUAGCGUGUAG